AUGUCGUCUGGACAGUCAUACAAUCGGCCAAUCCUUGAGAGACCGGUUUCAGGUUCUUUUAAUGUGCAUAGGCCCACGCCUCCUCCGAUUUCAGUUAAUUUUCAGCAGUCUCCGUUGGUCAGUUCCAAGACUACGAACGACUUGAGUGAGAGUGCGGAAGAGAAACCAUUUGAGAAUGGGGCUCCUCCGAUCCUCAAGAGGGCAUUGACAAGCGCCGAUAACUACAUUUCUCUAGACCAGAUGUAUCCUGGACGCAGCAACAGCGGUAUACAAAGUAGCAGCGAUUCUCUUCCCUCGAUGGAAAGUAUCGGGUCUGAAGAAGAGCAAUCAGAGCUGCAGUCGCAAUCGCAGUCACGUUUGUAUUCGGAGUCGCCGUUACAGUCUCCACGUGGCGAGGACAGCGUUUCGAUACCAAGAGAGUUGCCUAUCAGUGAAGCUAUGCAGAGGAGACAGAAGGAGUGGGCGGACCGUGGUGCUGCGGUUAUUGUGAAAGACGUGAAGGACGAAAACACGGGACAAGUGACAAAGCAAGUGAUUAAGAAAGGAAUCAACGAUUUUAAAUUCGGAGAAACGUUGGGUGACGGUUCGUACUCCACUGUUCUGUUGGCCACGUCCAUCGAAAGUGGUAAAAAAUACGCAGUGAAAGUGUUGAACAAGGAGUACUUGAUAAAGCAAAAGAAAGUUAAGUACGUUAACAUCGAGAAAAACACCUUGCAACGGCUCAAAAAUACCAGGGGUAUCAUCUCACUAUUCUUCACAUUCCAGGAUGAGACGUCCUUGUACUUUUUGUUGGAAUACGCUCCAAAUGGCGACCUCUUGUCGUUAAUGAGAAAAUUUGGAUCCAUGAACGAGAAAUCCGCUCAAUACUACUCAGCACAGAUCAUCGAUGCUCUCGAUUUUAUGCAUAAAAAGGGUGUCAUUCACAGAGACUUGAAACCAGAAAAUAUUCUAUUGGACAAAGAUAUGAAGGUGAAGCUCACAGACUUCGGAACGGCAAGACUAUUAGAAGGUUCUUCUACCCCAGAAGGACCCAAGUACGAUUUACUUACUAGAUCAAAUUCAUUCGUCGGGACUGCAGAAUACGUGUCUCCUGAACUUUUGAAUGAUAAUUACGUUGAUUUUAGAUGCGAUAUAUGGGCAUUUGGGUGUAUCCUAUUCCAAAUGAUUGCAGGCAAACCACCAUUCAAAGCAAACAACGAGUAUUUAACUUUCCAAAAAGUCAUGAAAGUGCAAUUUGCUUUCACAGCUGGAUUCCCAAUGGUAAUAAGGGACUUGGUGAAAAAUAUUCUCAUCAAAAAUCCAGACAGAAGGUUAGUUAUCGACCAAAUAAAAGCUCACCUGUUUUAUUCUGAUAUCAAUUUCAAUGAUGGUAGCGUAUGGACGAACGAUCCUCCAGAGCUAGGGCCUUAUAAGAUUUCCGCAAGAGCACUUCAAAAGCAGGUACCAAAAGUUCCAUCAUCUCCAGCUUCUCCUUUGCCUCAAGAUCCAUCAGGGAAUUCUGGUAUCUCGUCUGCUAAAUAUUUGCAUAAGUCACCAAGAACCCACAGCUCAACUUCACAGCGGAGUAGUCCAGAUAGUUUAUCAGGUCCCAAAAAACGUGAAAUUGACCAGAGAACACAGAAAAUAUUAAACAACGUUAAAAUGAAAAUUACCCAGCGGAAUGAAAAACGGGCUGCUAUCCAGCAACAACAACAACAACAACAACAGCAACAAUCUAGUAAUGCCCAAACCCAAGGCCAGGGCGACAAUUCUCUGAAUCCAGCCACAGCCGCAGCUGCAGCACUGCACAUAAUUAAUAAACCUUCGAAUGGUGCAAUUAGAAGACAAUCAGCUUCUUCUUCUUCUGCCGGAUCUCUGAGAACCCAAAGAAAAACUAAUGUUCCAAGCCGCACUUCAAGUGCUCAUUCUUCUACUCACUCUAAAUCUGCUCCAACUACACCAUCAUCCCAGGCAAGAAAAGAGUCCCUAAGUUUACCUCCAAUGAGCAAACUUGACAUACUUUGGUCGUAUUAUCUAAAGAAUAUCAAUGAACGAGUAAUAAAGAUGGGAGAUUUAUAUGUGGCUACUGCCAAAAGUCAUAACUUAGAAAACAGAAUUAAUAAAGCGAGGCUUCACUUCUUGGAUGCUGACGGCCGGCUACAAAAAAAGAAUACUUUGUUGUCACAGGUAGUUAGGGGAGGCGGUAAUGUCACUGGGUUCCGCCAAGAGACUUCCAACUUGGUAGAAGAAGAUUUUUAUCACGAGUUUUUAAUUGAUGAGGAUAGUUUAGAAAGAAGCUUCAAAAAGAAGGUUGAGCAGGAUGAAUCAUCUGCUGAAGGAAUUUCAAAGUUGAAACACUUUUUCAGCAACCCUUCUGAAAAUUCUGCUGAGUUCUUAUCGCAGACAGAGUUUGUGAAAAGAACCUGUGUUAUUACGACUUUUGGAAGAUUUCUUUUAUUUGCUAAGAGAAACACGAUUAACCAUGCAACGGAACUCUAUUAUGAUAUUGAGUAUGAUAUCGAUUUGGCGCAACUCGGCGUAAAAAUCAAGGAAAUAAUCCCUGAAAAGAAACUGAAUUCUAAAGAUACUUUCGUCAUUCAAACUCCAUUCAAAUCUUUUGUAUUGCAAUCAGAGGAAUCAGAAACUUUAGUAUGGCUCAGUUCCCUUCUCUCUGCAGUCAAGAUUAAGAACGAACGGCACGUUCACAAGGAAGCUCCUAUCAAUGCCAUUGCUAAUAAAGCUGCAUUGCUAGCCGAACAUGAACAUGAAUCGAAUACAAAGGCUAUAGACUCUCUGGCAAUAAGCCCAAACAUCCGGCGUACUUCAAGUUUUACUACACAACGCCAGAAAAAUAGUCAUAAUGGACACCAUCCUAGUAGACCGAUCUCUGGUAGUUCUCGAAUGCUUUCUCGGAGUGAACAGAUAUUCAGACCUAGUAAGUGA